AUGAGAGAGUACGCAGCCUUUCUUCAAUAACUAGUUCACUUUCUGCCUCUGCGCUCGCGAACAGAGGAUUCUUACCUACUAUUAUACAUGAGUCGGGUCCGGGACCAGAAGAGGGCCUGGCGGGUCUCGCACUCCUGUUGUCCAACAUUCGCACCAAGAGGCCAUGCAUGUCAGCUUGGCCAUCCAGGACCCGAGUCGGAUACGGCGGAUGAAUAGUUGAGUGACAGCAAUACUUGGCUGCCACCAUCGAUCCAAAUGGCAACCGUCCGUCUACCUAUUCUGCCAAGCCAGGGUCUUUGGGGAGUGGAGAGGGCACAGGAACAAGCUUCAAUCACCCCAGCUGGCGUCGUUGAUCAUGGCAUGUCUACUAUAUGUAAGAAUGCUGGCCCAUCCGGUAAACCGCGUAAUACAGAAAGAAGUGGGGAACAUCUCCGUCAGCUCCGUCUUUGACCGACCCGUCAUCCACCCCUCCUGUCCUCGGCGUUCCUGGAAAGGCUUAGCCUGGGGCGGGUUGAGUUGCAUCGCCAAAACUUCAAGAAAAAACUCUGUCAAAGGAUUUCGCCGCGGUCUGGUCGACCAUCUUGAGUGAUUCCUAUAUGCUGUGUAGGGGGAGACAAUGCUAAGACGACGUUGCAAAAAGCCAUUGUUUGAACGGCUCCAAGACGCGGGAUCUGUGCCAAGCAUUGUGGUUCGGGUCAUCAUCGAGCUCUUUGCUCCUCCGUUGUUCCGGCUGGGGUCUUAUCUCUGAUGCCCAUGCUCUCUCCGGACCCCGACUGCUCUAGGUUCCGUACCCACCAAACUCCGGGUAGAUGCCACCUAGAGAGGUCGAAAAUUACCCGAAUCUGCGGUUCGGCGCCUUUACUUUUUUGCAUUAAAAGCCCCCAUAACCUUUGGCUCACCUUGCACCGUGCCCCUUCUCAACAUUCUGUCUCCGACUUUCACCGCCAAUUCGAACUUUUCCUCGUCCGCCAGUGCUUCGUUGAUAUUUACUUACCUCCAUUGCCACGCUCGCCGUUCUCCUCUCCAUUUCUUAAGAUCAACCCAUCACUGUUCGGCCUAUACACCACAGGACAUGUCUUCCUCCCCCGAGUACCGUGCUGGCAAGCGGCCCCGUACCCAGUCGUUGCCUCCUCCAGCCCUGCCGCAGCUGGUUGCUGAGCAGCAUGUGCCUAUCCCCCCAACCGACAAGAACACCAAGCGCCUUAUCGUCGUCCUCUCUAAUGCCAGCCUCGAAACCUACAAGGCCUCGCACGGCGGUGCUGGUCGUAUGGGCAUGCAAAGGGAGGAUAAGUACUCCUUGCUCAACAGCGACGAACACAUUGGCGUCAUGCGCAAGAUGAACAGGGACAUCAGUGAUGCCCGUCCAGAUAUCACUCAUCAGUGCCUAUUGACCCUUCUUGACUCGCCGGUGAACAAGGCAGGGAAACUCCAAAUCUAUAUUCAAACAGCCAAGGGUGUUCUGAUCGAGGUGUCCCCCUCUGUUCGCAUCCCGCGCACCUUCAAACGCUUCGCUGGUCUGAUGGUGCAGCUGCUGCACCGCCUUUCCAUCAAGGGCGCCAACUCGCAGGAGAAGCUUCUCAAGGUGAUUCAGAACCCCAUCACCGAUCAUCUUCCGCCCAACUGCCGGAAGGUCACGCUCAGUUUCGAGGCCCCUCUGGUUCGUGUGCGCGACUAUGUCGACACCCUCGGCGAUGACGAGAGCAUCUGCGUGUUUGUUGGUGCCAUGGCCAAGGGCGCCGACAACUUUGCCGACGCAUAUGUGGACGAGAAGAUUUCGAUCAGCAACUACAGCCUUUCAGCCAGUGUUGCCUGCAGCAAGUUCUGCCACGCCGCCGAGGACUGCUGGGACAUUCUAUAAUCAGUCCUGCCGACAACAACGCGGGCAUGAAAUUGGGGUCCAGGAUGAAAAGAUCUGUCGGUCUCUCCGUCUCACAAGGUGGGGAGCUGCGGUCGCAAUGAUCUAUUCCGUGAUACAACAUCACGGUGAACGAUCACUGUCAACCGGAACUUGGGUCGUCUGUGCUUGAGCUGUCGGUGUUUUUGCAACCAAAACAUGGGGCAUUCAACAACGGAUCCAAGACGCUUUCGUCGUCGCGUGGUGCCACUUCAACUUGGCUCACAUAUCCCCUAUUUCAUAGCCUGCCUUUCUUACCUUUUUCCUUUACUCUUUUAUUUACUCAAGCAACCUAUUUUUACACAUUCAUACCCCCUCAUUCAUACUAACCCCACUUCGGCGCCGUGGUAAGCGGCACUUCGAUCGGUGACAGAUAUCCCCUAUUCUAGGCUUCGAGAAGCGGAAUUACCGAACGGCAGGGAGGCCUUGGUGGUGGCAGUAGUCAGACAGAACGAAGCAGGGCACAAUGUUGAUGGUGUGGUAUGAGAGGUGUUUGCGUCCUGGUGGAAUAGUCAAGAUUUUGUGGUAGCAUAAUGCGAUGUGGGAGUUGCCUGACCGGUUGUCUUCGAG